GUAGUUAAAACUUUUAUUUUUAUUUUAGUUUAUUAGGUAUUGUUCCCCCACUUUAUAGGUACCAAUGUGAAUGUUGAUUGUUGUUCUGUGAAUGGAAAUAUUUAUUUGACUUCGCGUGAGACAUAAUGUGAGAUAUUAUAUAUGUUAUGACGACACUAUUUAUCAAUAGGUGUGCACUGCUUGUGAAUUAAUUCGUUAUCUGCGCUAUUUCGAUAACAAAAAUCCGAUUUUCUGCAAAAACAAUCGUUUACAUUCAGAUCAGUUGUUCAAAUUGAAUUGACUCCAACGCAACAUAGAAAGAUAUUAGUGAACUGAAAGCAUGGAUAAGAAUCACCACGAAAACAUCGCAUUUGAGGAAGACGAUUUGUCGAAAGCAACGGAAACGGAUGAUGAAUUACAGAAGUAUGAUGCGAAAGUUGCAACAAAUACCUCGAAUCGCGUCGCAGUGGAUGGUCAAUAUGUUAUGUACAAAAGAAGGUGGUUCGGUAUGUUGGCAAUAUUUAUGCUGAAUCUUUCCACCGGUCUUGUGUGGUUAACGUUUAAUGCAGUACCUGAUAUAUCUGCCGAAUGGCUUCAUACGGGAAAAAGUCAUGUGAAUUUGUCUGUGAUAUUAUAUUUCGUUGCUUACAUUCUUAUGUCCUCUGUAAGCGGUUUUGUUUUUGAAAAAUGGGGACUCAAAAAAGCGCUUAUUUUAGGUGGUCUCAUCAAUCUUGUGGGAACGGCGAUACGGUACUUUGCCUCAUUUAUCAGCAGUUCCGAAGAUAAUUUCGAACCGCGAUUGGUUGUUAUCUUAUUAGGACAGUUUAUAGCAGCCUCGGCUCAACCGUUCUUUUUGAACGCACCUCCGAAAUACGCUGCUAUUUGGUUUAGCGAAUCUAGUCGAGCUAUCGGAACGACGAUCGGUAGCGUUUCUAAUCCAUUUGCAGCCGCAGUUGCAAUGAUAGUCAUACCAGCACUUUGCGGACAAAGCAGUGAUAUGCCAUUUACGUUGCUGAUUUGUGCAAUUGUUGCUGCAGUUGCUGUAGUUCCAGCAAUUUUUAUGCCAUCCCUUCCACCAACACCUCCGUCAGGCUCUGCAGCAAUCGCAUUAGCUGAAGCAGCGGAUGAGCCAUUUUGGACCUCCAUCCGGAAAAUUGCGAAGAAUGUUCCAUUUUGGGUUUUGUUCAUUGUCUUUUCCAUCUAUGUGGCUUUCUUCAAUGCAUUCUCCUCUCUCAUCAAUCAAAUUGUCAUACCAUACGGAUAUAGUGACGAUGAGGCAGGAAUAUUCGGCGCCUCGUUGAUUGUAAGUGGUAUCAUCGGUGCUGGCAUAUCCGGAGCAUUUGUGGACAAGACGAAAAAGUAUCAUUUAGUUUUGAGGGUGUGUACACCGUUGCUGGGUCUCGCCUAUGUCGGCUUCAUAUUCGCCGUACGAAGAGAUUUUAUUGCGGGCAUCGGUGCUGUUUGUUGUAUUAUUGGCCUGCUUUCUUUUGCACUACUACCAGUCGCACUCGAACUGGGAAUCGAAUGUACAUACCCAACGGCAUCUAGUGCAUCAACGUCACUGUUGUGGAUGGGAGGACAGACAUUCGCUGUAAUAUUUUUGAUUGUUGGCGAUGAACUGAGAGAUGAAUCGGCCGAUGCGGAUCCUCCGGAAAAUAUGAAAACUGCACUUAUUUGUAUGGGUGCUGUUUCGUGUGUUGCAUCGACUUUGUCGUAUUUGUAUAACUCACCAAAUUAUCGUUUGGAGGCAGAAAGGCGACAGAGAGAAGGACAUGUUGAUGUGUAAAGAGGGGACGGAAAAUUAGACUUUGAAAGUUGUUGUAAUCAGAUUGGUAAAUUUUGCCGGUAAAUCGUUCAAAAGCUGAUGUGACUUUUUUGACUGAUAAA